AUGCCAUUAGUCUUUCAAGAAAUUGAUGGUGAUCUAUUUUCAGUUGCAUCCAAUGUAUCACUUGCACAUUGUGUUUCACAAGAUAUGAGUAUGUCUAAAGGUAUAGCAACAUUAUUUCGUAAUAAAUUCGGUCAAAUCAAUGAACUUAAAAACCAAAAUGUAUCCGUCGGUGGUUGUGCAUAUAUAACUUCAAAUGAUCGACAUAUUUUUUAUUUAGUAACAAAAGAAAAAUAUUUUUAUAAACCAACAAUGAAAACAUUAGAAUCAAGUUUACGUACAAUGAGAGAUUUAUGUAUUAAAAAUAAUAUUCAUCAUUUAGCAAUGCCUCGUAUUGGUUGUGGAUUAGAUAAACUUAAUUGGGAUCAAGUAUCAAGACUUAUUCAACAUAUAUUCGAAGAAGAUGAUAUUGAAAUUACGAUUUAUACUAUUUAA